UCUUCCAUUUUCCUCCGCCUCUGGUUGUCAAGAAGAUGGCAGCUUCCAGGCAGGCAUGAGAGGAAAUACUUCUUCACAAAUCGAAUGAAUUUGGAUUAUUGCCGCGAGAUAAGACCACCUAUCAGUGUUUUUGCAAUCACUGCAUCGAAAUAAAAGUCAUGUCUGCUCCUGGCUCCGCGGUGUCUGGAACCACGGCGUCGGUUCUGCAGCCGCGGUGGAAACGGGUCCUCGGAUGGUCCGGUCCGGUUCCCCGGCCCAGACAUGGACACAGAGCUGUGGCUAUAAAGGAGCUUAUGGUUGUCUUUGGCGGAGGAAACGAAGGGAUAGUGGAUGAAUUACAUGUAUACAACACUGCAACAAACCAGUGGUUUAUACCAGCAGUCCGUGGUGAUAUCCCUCCUGGUUGUGCUGCGUAUGGUUUUGUUUGUGAUGGCACAAGAUUGCUCGUGUUUGGAGGAAUGGUGGAGUAUGGAAAGUACAGCAAUGAUCUAUAUGAACUACAGGCAAGCAGAUGGGAAUGGAAGAAGUUGAAAGCUAAAAACCCCAAGAAUGGCCCUCCCUGCCCUCGCCUUGGCCACAGUUUUUCCCUGGUGGGCAACAAAUGCUACCUGUUUGGCGGUCUGGCCAAUGACAGUGAGGAUCCAAAAAACAACAUUCCCAGAUACCUGAAUGAUUUGUACACACUCGAGCUCCGUGCGGGGUCCAGUGUGGUAGGAUGGGAUAUUCCAAUCACAUAUGGAGUUCUACCUCCGCCACGUGAAAGCCACACCGCCGUGGUAUACACAGAAAAGGCCAGCAGGAAAUCUCGUUUGAUAAUCUAUGGCGGAAUGAGUGGUUGUCGUCUUGGAGAUUUGUGGACUCUUGAUAUAGAUACUCUGACAUGGAACAAACCUUCAGUAAGUGGUACAGCGCCGCUCCCCAGGAGUCUUCACUCUGCUACCACCAUUACAAACAAGAUGUAUGUUUUUGGAGGAUGGGUUCCUUUGGUAAUGGAUGAUGUCAAAGUGGCCACACAUGAGAAGGAGUGGAAGUGCACAAAUACUCUUGCUUGUCUAAAUCUUGACACUAUGUGUUGGGAGACAGUAUUGAUGGAUACUCUGGAGGAUAACAUCCCCAGAGCCCGUGCUGGCCAUUGUGCUGUGGCAAUCAACUCCAGACUCUAUGUCUGGAGCGGUCGUGAUGGUUAUCGAAAAGCUUGGAACAACCAAGUGUGUUGUAAAGACCUUUGGUACCUGGAAACUGAACGGCCACAUGCACCUGCCAGAGUGCAGUUAGUCCGUGCCAACACAAACUCAUUGGAGGUGAGCUGGGGCGCUGUCUCCACCGCUGACACCUACUUGUUACAGCUACAGAAGUAUGACAUCCCAGCAACUCCAGCUGCAGCCUCGCCAGCCAUGAGUGCAACGCCAUCCCAGCCAGUUAACUCCCCGAAGAGCCCCGCACCUGCUGCUGCAGCACCCACUGCUCAGAACCUACCACAGACAGCUGUUUUGAAGGUUGCAGCUCAACAGUCUGCAACAGGUGCAUCUGUGGUCACUGUUCGACCCAGUCAGCCUGGGAAAUCCCCUGUCACUGUAACAUCCCUUCCUCCCGGUGUCCGAAUGGUUGUGCCUGCCCAAACCACUCAAGGAUCGCCAAUUGGCAGCAGUCCUCAGAUGAGUGGCAUGGCAGCUUUAGCUGCAGCUGCAGCAGCAACACAGAAGAUCCCACCAUCCUCAGCUGGCACUGUCCUCAAUGUUCCUGCAGGUGCCACCAUACUUAAAACGGUAGCGGUUUCACCUGGCACAACCACAGUGAAAGUGGCUUCUCCAGUAAUGGUCAGCAACCCAGCCACUCGGAUGCUGAAGACUGCUGCCCAGGUGGGCACAGCAACUGCAUCUUCUCCUACCACCACCAGGCCUAUCAUUACUGUCCACAAGUCGGGUGCUGUUACAGUGGCCCAGCAGGCCCAAGUGGUAACCACUGUGGUUGGAGGAGUCACCAAGACCAUCACCCUGGUUAAGAGUCCCCUCACCAUGGGGGGCAGUGGAACUCUGAUCUCCAACCUUGGCAAGAUGAUUGUGGUACAAACCAAGCCAGUGCAGACAUCAGCUGUCACAGGCCAGGCUUCCACUAACCCUCUCACACAGAUCAUACAGACAAAGGGUCCCCUUCCAGCCGGCACCAUCCUGAAGUUGGUGACCUCUGCAGAUGGCAAGCCCACAACCAUCAUCACCACUUCCCAGGCAGGAGGCACAGGAAACAAGCCCACUAUCCUCAACAUCAGCGGCGUCUCGCCUACCACCACUAAGCAGGGCACCACCAUCAUUAAGACCAUCCCUAUGUCAGCCAUCAUGACCCAGCCUGGAGCUACAGGUGUGACGAGCAGUGCAGGCAUGAAAACGCCUAUUACAAUCCUUACCACAAAGGUGAUGACCACUGGAACACCUGGUAAAAUAAUUACUGCAGUGCCCAAACUUGCUACUGCAGCUGGUCAGCAGGGACUGACACAGGUGGUUUUGAAGGGUGCCCCUGGGCAGCCAGGCACAAUUUUGCGUACUGUGCCCAUGAGCACAGUGGGUGGUGUUCGGCUUGUUACACCAGUGACAGUGUCUGCAGUUAAACCCACUGUCACCACCUUGGUCGUUAAGGGGACUACUGGUGUCACCACUCUGGGGACAGUCACUGGUACAGUCUCCACUAGUCUGGCAGGAGGAACUGUAGACACUUCCAAUGCAUCUCUGGUUACCCUCACCACACUGGGAACCAUAGCGACCCUGUCCAGCCAGGUCAUCAACCCGACUGCCAUAACGGUGUCAGCUGCCCAAACUAGCCUGACUUCUGCCUCAACACUGCCCUCGUCCACCAUCACCGUGCAGAACCAGCCCACACAGGUGACUCUGAUCACCACUCCCAGUGGAGUAGAAGCCCAGCCAGUGCAGGAUCUACCUGUGUCCAUCCUUGCUUCACCCACAUCAGAGCAGCCCAGCUCCACUGAAGCUGGAGCUGCUGGAGAGGGCUCUGGGACUGUCACCCUGGUUUGCUCCAACCCACCCUGUGAGACACAUGAGACAGGAACCACCAACACAGCCACCACCUCUUCUGCAACCAUUGGAGCAGGGCAGGUUUGCUCUAAUCCACCCUGUGAGACUCAUGAAACAGGAACCACCAACACAGCCACAACUGCAUCCUCAAACAUGUCUGCGGUGCGUGUGUGUUCCAACCCGCCAUGUGAGACCCAUGAAACCGGGACAACAAACACAGCUACCACAGCCUCAGCUAAUGGAGGAGUUCAGCAAGUAUGUUCUAACCCGCCCUGUGAGACCCAUGUGACGGGCACCACCAAUACAGCCACCCAGGCCUCAUCGAACAUGAACGCAGGUCAGAGCGCAAGCACAGGCGCCGUUCAGAGAGUCUGCUCUAACCCACCCUGUGAAACCCAUGAGACAGGAACCACCAACACCCCGUCCACAGCCACCUCCAGCAUGGGAGGUGAUCAGACCAGCACAGCAACAGGCCAGGUCCAGAGGGUCUGCUCCAACCCACCAUGUGAAACGCAUGAGACUGGGACCACCAACACAGCGACCACUGCCACCUGCACCAUGGAGACAGGCGAAGGCUCAGCCCAGCAGACAGAGGAGGGAGCUGAAGGUACGAGCAGCGCAGAAGUGGCUUCCACCACCGCAGCAUCUGGCGUGGUUACCACCACACAGGGAAGGGCCAUCACUACUGUGACUCAGUCCACACCAGCCCCCGGACCCGCUGUACCUUCAAUCUCCUCCAUCACAGAAGGGGUUAGUGCUGCUGCCAGUUCAACAGAGGAACCCAUGCAGACAGAUGAGACGCCAGCGACAGAAGCAACACCUGCAGAGGAUGCAGCCACUGCUAUGGAAACACAAGCAGAAGCAGCAACAGCAACUGCCUUGAACCUGCCGUCAGAGCUGAUGUCUGAAAGCCAGGGAACCACACUCAUGGUGACAGGGUUGUCGGACGAGGAACUGGCUGUGACCGCAGCAGCAGAGGCUGCCGCUCAGGCUGCAGCCACUGAAGAGGCCCAGGCCCUGGCAAUACAGGCGGUGCUACAGGCAGCUCAGCAAGCCGUAAUGAAUGAGGGUGAUUCUGCUGGAGAGAGCCAACAACAGACCAACAUCCCCAUCAUGCUGACCCAGCAGGAGCUUGCAGCGCUGGUCCAACAGCAGCAGCAGCUGCAGGAGGCUCAGGCUGCAGCGCAGCAGGGCGCCGUGGACACCAGCUUACCCACCGAGGGUCUGGCCCCUGCUGACAGCCUCAACGACCCCUCAGUCGAGAGCAAUGGACACAACGAAAUGGCAGCUGCAGUCACUAGUGCCGUGGCGUCUCUGCUGCCACGUACCACUGCAGAGACAUUAGCUCCCUCAAGUACGUUUGCACCCUCUGUGUCAGUAGCAAGUCCGGCCAAGCUGCAAGCAGCAGCUCUGGCCGAGGUCGCCAAUGGCAUCGAGGGAGAGAAACAAGCUCCUCAGCCAACACCAGUGAAGCCGGUGGUAAAGAAAGAGAACCAGUGGUUUGAUGUGGGCAUUGUUAAAGUGACAAACAUGGUCGUCACCCACUUCUACGUGCCAGCAGAUGAUUCACACGGAGAUGAUGACUCCGGCAUCAUACCAGACUACAGCCAGAUGAAGAAAAUGGAGCUUCAGCCAGGAACUGCUUACAAGUUCCGUGUUGCUGGAAUCAACGCUUGUGGUCGUGGAGCUUUCUCAGAAAUUUCUGCUUUUAAGACUUGUCUACCGGGCUUCCCAGGAGCACCUUGUGCCAUCAAAAUCAGCAAGAGCCCAGAUGGUGCCCACCUGACCUGGGAGCCUCCUUCAGUGACAUCAGGAAAGAUCAUCGAGUACUCCGUGUACCUGGCCAUCCAGAGCAACCAGACGGCCGAAGCCAAGGCCUCCACCCCGGCCCAGCUAGCCUUUAUGCGCGUCUACUGUGGACCCAACCCCUCGUGCUUGGUGCAGUCGUCCAGCCUGUCCAACGCCCACAUUGACUACACCACCAAGCCCGCCAUCAUCUUCCGUAUCGCCGCCCGCAACGAGAAGGGCUACGGUCCCGCCACCCAAGUCCGAUGGCUGCAAGAAUCUGGCAAAGAUGCUGCUUCUGCAAAACCGGCACCCAAAAGACCAGGAACCUCCCCUGAUACUAAGGCUACUGGUCCAAAGAAAGCAAGGACGGACCAGUGAGGUUGCCCCGAGCCCCCCCCUCCACCCACCCAGUCUUUUGUCCUUUUUCCACUCGCUGUCCUUUUAUCAGGAAGACUGACCUUCACCCCUCCACCUCUUCAUCCUCAUCCUAAUCUCAUCCUCCACCUUCAAGUCUCAGAUCAAGACAGCAGUGGAGGCAGAACAACAGUAUGAAGCCGAGAUGAAAGUCAAUCUGAGAGAAGUUUCUGUAGAUAAACCCUCCUUCCUCCUCGUUCUGUUGGUCGUACUAUUUUUAGAGCAACACAAACUUAGAAGCACAUUAUCUUUUUAAGCCACACCCCCUUCCAUCCUUUAACAUCUGUUUUUGGCUUGUUUCAGUAGUUGAGCAGUAUAGAGAAGCAUUUACAUCUUUCACAAACUGGGAGCCAGCCUGAGCGUGAUGUUUCCUUUUUUUGUCUUUUGUUUUGUGAAUCCUGGGGGGAUGUAGAGAGAGACUACAUUGAAAUGAUGUACAGUGUUGAAAAAAUGCUGUGGAGGCAUUAGUUUAGAUGAGAGGAAAAAUCGGUAUGGAAACAAAUAAAGCACUUGUCCUCAAUGAAAAGAGGACAUCAAUUUUUUUUCUUUUCUUUUUUUUUUUUUUUUUUUGCAAGAAAUUUUGCUUCGAGAACCAAGUCUGUACAGUCAUCAUACUGACUCCAGUCUCCUGGUAAUGUCAUCACUGUGCGCUUUUUACCCCAAGAUGAGGACUGGUGGCCGACACUUUGACGUGGACAAAAAAAAGGCAAAGGAAGAGAUUUGUAGAGAAUGAAUGACAGACUUUGCUAGGACAGAGACUUGCAGCACACACAAAAAAAACCUUGC